ACACCAACCCUGUGUUAAUUAACAAUAAGGGAGCCACGUUUACCGGCCCAGUUCUUUGAGUCCACAAGUGGGCUGUGACUGUCCUCUUGUGGGCAGAGUAGUGAACAUCUUGUUGGUGCUCGAGGGGAGGAAAACUAAAGAGUCACAGGUUCCUGAUGUGUGUUUUUGAGUUUUUGAAAUCAGUAAUCUGAUGAUUAAUUAUCAAAUAAGAGGGCCAGUUUGCUACAGAACAAGUUUUACCUUGAUACUUUUAGCUGAUAAUAUUGUUCUUUUACUUAAGUAGGAUUUGGAUGCAGGACUUCUACAUUGUUGUAUUGCUGCUUUGACUUGAGUAAAAGAUUGUAAUACGCUCCUACAUGGCACGACCAAAGUUUAAUAUAUCUCAUUUUUAUUUUUGUUUUGUUUAUAGGUCAAAUGCUGGUUUCUGUCUAAUAAACCUCGCAUUGGGUUAGUCACUCAAGUUCAUUCUAUUGUUCCCAUCCCAUCUGUUUGAAUUAUGUUACAUCAAGAGGGAGUUACCAGUGACUAAGACUGUUCAGCUGCUCUCAUACAAUCAAUAUAUAGUAAAUAUAAGUUAAAGUGUGUCUGAUUAGAACAAGACUUGGCAACCAGGUCUUGAAAUGUAUGGAAAAGGGUCUUAAAAAGGUCUUAAACAGUACUAAAUUUAACUUAAGGAUUCCUGCAUGGACUCUGAUAAGCAGCCAUAUUUACAAUAAUUGAUUUUGAAAGAAACUUUUUGUAUUUGUGCCAUUUAUUUAUGUAUAUCCAUUCAACUGAAUUAGAAAAUAAUCUGACAUGUGUAACAUAUAAUAAUAUUGUUAAUAAUAAUCCUAAUUUGAGGCUCUGUCAUUGUGCUGUUAACAGACGUCAGUGGUCCAAACUGCAUUUUAAUUAUCGGUCUGCAGCAUGAAUCCAUGCGUCAGUGCGCACAGGCAGGCACCACCGAGCACCGGCAGGCUUUUAUUAAACCUUCCAGUUUACCUGGCAACAGCUGAGGCUACCUCCUCACAGUGCGGGCUGACUGAUUCACAGCCUCUGUAUAAGCAGAGGACCGAGCGGAGGAGCGGGCAGGGGGCUGUGCUCAACCCACCCGUGGGUGCUGUGAUCGCCGACAGCAUGUUGCGGGUCUGUCUGUCUGUCAGGAGAGUCGGAGGCGCAGAGACACGGACAGAGAGUCUCCACCAUCACGGUGUGGACAGCUGUGCAGGCGCUGGUAAAGCGCCUUGACCGUCGCUUUAUCGUGGCUGCGUGAUGGCUGUGUUUUUACUGAGGGGAUCAAACAGGGGAAGCAGUAUUAAACCAGGCGACGUAUCGAUCACUUGCUGAGGGCCCGGGUUUGUGUACAGACAGCUUCACGUCCAGUGUCACUGCAUCAAUAAAAUGACUCCAUCAGCGUCUCAUUUAAAGGAAAAAAACAGGGUUCAAUAACACACAGUGAUCAUUAAUUUAACCUGGGUGAAGCUGUGGAUCUGGUUGUUUGGUGACUAAACUGGUUUGGAUGACCGAGCGGCUCCUGCCUGAGUUGGUCUCCUUGACCUGAUCGACCAUCAGAAGAUGCCACUUUCAGAGAUGUGAAAGAAGAGCUGGGUUAACACAGGUAGCGCCACUCAACAGACUCUCCGAAGGACAGGAGCGAUUGUAUCUCCCGCAGCUGUUUAUUGUGCCAGACGUCCAGCCGGGAAGGGAAGUGUGCCCUGAGGCAGAGCUAUGGGCUGCGGGGGGAGCAGGACUGACGUUUUGGAACCUCGGUACCUGGAGAGCUGGACCAAGGAGACGGAGUCAACAUGGCUGACCAGCACCGACACCGACAUCCCCCUGUCGUCCAUCCAGAGCAUCCCCUCGGAGAGCUCUGAGGCCGGCUUCACGUCUGAGAAAACAAUCAGCCCCGUUCCAGACUUCUUUGAGGACGGCGUCCCCCUCCCCGCUCAGGCGUACCUGAAGGUGUGUUCGGCCGUGUCUGAGGCCAGUCUGAACGACGUGAAGCCCAGCAGCCCCCCUGCGAUUCUGGGCUCUCCACCCAAGGAGGCGGUGUUACCAUCGUCCGGCACUACGGUGCAGCGCAGGAGCGUUCUUCACACUGAAGAGAUUACAAAAUGGCAGGACAAUCGGAUGUCGACCAAGCAGGUGACCAUCACGGUGACGCAGAGCAUCCAUCAGGUGGACAAGAACGGGAAGGUGAAGAAGUCCCUCACCACCUACGAGGUCAUGAAGCCGACGGAGAGCCUCAUACAGGUGACUGCACGGAACACUUGAGUGCAGGAGAGAAGCCAAAGAGAAAUGGAGAUAACUGUGACACUAGUGUGACUUUUCUGUUUAUGUGGGAAAAACUGUUUGAGGUCUGACGGCUGACGGAAGCACAGGAAGGGCUCUGAGAAUCUGGACGGUAGGGUUUUUUUCAUUUCUAUAUUGAAGAUAUGGCUCAUUUUCUUCAACAAAAGAGCAAAGUUAACCUAGAAUGUGUUGUGUUUCACACUGUAAGAUGUAUUUUCCUGGUGCCUGUUACAAGUAUGCUUUGACACACGACAUUUUACAGUGCGUACAGUAUCAGACCGAAAUAAUUCAGUGGCAGCCACUGAAAGGAAAUCAUUAGUUGGCACACUUUGGUCUUAAAAGCAUUUUGUCUCAAUUUUUGCUGCUUUUGAUGAUAAAUAUAUGUAAAAAUUAUGAUAGUAUUAUUUCACAUUACUGAAGAAAUUCUGAAUAUAAUAUAGUUUUGGUAUUUGACAUUGAAAGAAGACAUGGAGUUGCUGCUGUACUACAAUCUGUAAGGCUCAGGAAACUGAUUGUGAUGACUGCACUUUUUACAGCGAAGCCCGAACAAAGGUUUGUGUGGACGAUGUAAACAACUGUCUCACUACGUUGUGUUGUUUUGUACAACAGUGCUACAUUUUCUUAUCUAGUUGUUCGUGUUUUCUAAUGACAAUAAAUUGAACAAAAACAA